CCCGGCGCGAAGAAGAAACCCAUCGGAUCCUCGAAGGAAGGAAGGAAGGAAGGAGAGGAGGCAGAAGAGCGAGAGAGGCAGGACUUUGGCAGAGACUUUUCUUCGGCGCGUCCACCCGUCGGAAGAGGGUCCUUUCAGGCGUCCGUGGGCUUCGCUGCUCCUCUCUCCCCACGGGAUGCUCUCCUCGCCCCUCGUGGCUCUGGGACUCCUGCUCGCCUUGCUGGCCCUCGCCCCCCAAGGCAAGCCCGCCCCGCCCGGCUUCCAGGUUAAGGUGUCUUCUCUGGCGGAGCUUCUUCUGCGGGAGGAGGCCUCUCCCUCCUCCUCCUCCUCCUCCUCUUCCUCGGGCCCGGCCUCGUCCUCGGGCGGCAGCGCCCCUCGGGGCGGCACCAAGGCCAAGGGCGGCAAAGGCAGAGAGGCUUCUUCCUCGUCGUCGUCCUCGUCGUCGCGGCUCAUGCGGGACCUUCGCACCGACGCCAAGCCCCCGCGGGCGGGAUGGGGCCGAGCUGCCCACGGGGAGAGCCACGCGGGAGGAGGCGGCGGAGGAGGCGGCGGAGGCGGGACCGCGCGGCGCUUCCACGGCAAAGGCCUGGGCAAGAAGGGCGGCGGCGGAGGCGGAGGCGGCGGCGGGGCCGGGAAGGGCUGCUUCGGCCUCAAGCUCGACCGCAUCGGCUCCAUGAGCGGACUCGGCUGCUGAGAAGGGAGCGAGCGAGAGCGAGGGCGGAGAGCGGCCCCUGCCGCAGGUGUUUGAACCGACCCAUUUUCUGCAUCCAUUCACCCCAUUCCAUGGACAUUUGGGGACCUCUCCGAAGGAUUGCCAAACUUGGCUGGGCUUCUUCUGUUGGAACAAGGACUUAGAACCAAACCAGCAAAAUUCGGGGCGGGUGCGAAUGAGGCAGAGUUUGCGUUUCUUUUCCUUUUUCGAAAUUUGAAAGCUCUCCCUAUCAUACCCAAUAUAUACAUUACAUACAUAUAUAUAUUUACACACCUACAUGUAUAUCUAAACACACACCAUACACGCAUACAAACAGACACACACGCAGGCACAAAUACACACACGGAUACGAGAUACCCUUUUUUUCCCCCCACGACAAGAGGCCGCCCCAUGCCUACCGACGGAGGAAGCCGGCCGUUCUUCGCAUAACGUUUGCUGUUUGUACAUUCAUGUCACGCAUAAAUAUAUUUAUGUUGUAAAGCUAUUUAUAUAUUGUUUAUAAAGAGAUAUUUAUAAAAAUUUUAUUUAUGUAACUAAAUGAAAAAAAAAGGAGUCUAGCAUUGUAACUUUCUUUUCUGUUUUUCAUCUUCAAUAGUUGGAAAAAAAAAUAUGUUGGAAGAAAAACGAGCAGAAAAAGAAUACCACCGUUCCGUGUA